UUAUUAUUUAAUUUGCCUUCACAAACGUACCCUGUCAAUAUAUAAAAGUUAAAUCGAGUUUGCUUAUAUAAACAACAAACAAGCCACACUCCUCUAUACAUGUUCAAGAAAAUAAAAUGAAAAUUACCAAGAUUUGUGAAGAGCUUAUCAAGCCAUCAUCCCCAACUCCAAUUGAACUUAGAGACCACAAAAUCUCUUUCAUAGAUGAACUAAUACCCCAUUCUUCAAUUCCACUCAUUUUGUUCUUCAAAAAGAGUGAAAACAUCACACGAUCACAAAUAUGCAACCACUUAAAAUCUUCACUUUCACAAACUUUAACUCAAUUUUACCCUUUGGCUGGAAGAAUAAAGUCCCAAUAUUCAAUUGAUUGCAAUGAUGAAGGAGCUUACUAUCAAGAAUCACAAGUGGAUGUUUCACUUCUAGACAUAAUCAAGAAUCCAAAAUCCAAUGAAUUAGUCCAACUCACACCUUACAAUUCAAAUGGCACCUUAUCAAAUUUUCAAGAACUUCUAGCCAUUCAAGUUAACUUAUUCACUUGUGGUGGCAUAGCAAUUAGUAUCUCCAUUUCACAUAAGAUUGGUGAUGCUUCUAGCCUUUGUAAUUUCAUCAAAUAUUGGAGCAAUGCAUGUGAAGGAUUAAUAAGAAGUCGUACACGCUCUCCAGAAAUGUUGUUGCACUCACGCCAGUCAACAUUUUUGAAAAACCCUAGCGACAUAGAGAACGAUAAGGUAAGAAAAGACUCUGUUUUUAUCUCUUUACCGUCGAUUUUUCCGUCGAGAGGGACAAUUGACAACACGUUAAAUGUAAACAGCAUGCCCCUUCGUAUUGUACCUGAAAAAUUAGCAGUGAAAAGAAUUAUUUUUACUAGUUCAAAUAUAGUUAAAAUGAAGGCUAAGUUGGUAAAUUGGGGAUACAAUGAGAACGCGACACGUGUCGAAGUCAUUAUAGGUUUGUUAUGGAAAUGUUUUAUGGUUGCAAAAGGGUGCAACUCAGUUGCAAUUAUUCCAGUGAAUAUAAGGCAAAGGAUAGUGCCACCCUUUGAUGAAAAUUCAUUUGGUAACUUUUUUUUAGUAACAAGUUGUAUGGCAAGUGUGGAAAAUGAAUGGUGUUCAUUGGUAGGGAAAAUAAAAAGUGCAAUUGGGAGUAUUGAUGGUAAUUACGUGGAGAAAAUACGUGGAGAUGAUGGUUUUGAGUUUGUGGAUAGUAAUUUUAGGCAAGUUGGAAAAUUGAUGAGGAGUCAAGGGGAUGAUUUUCGUGUGUUAACAAUUUCAAGUUGGUGUAAAUUUCCUAUUUAUGAAGCAAACUUUGGAUGGGGUGAGUCUAUUUUGACGAUUGUUGCGACUCUCGGGGUGAAAAAUAAUAUUGCUUUAUUAGAUUCUAAAGAGUUUCCUGGCGGAAUUGAAGCUUGGGUUGUUAUGGCUGAUCAAGAAAUGACACUUUUUGAACAGGACAAAGAACUUCAACAUUUUACUUCGUUAGAUGCGAUUGGUGAUCUCAAUUGAAUAUAUGAAUCAUUUGGUUUGAAAAACAAGAGAAGAAGUUAUUCGGUGAAUAACGUUCAGGUAAUUUUUUUAAAGCUCAAAAUAAAUAACGGCUCGUAAAGGAGCUAGGCCGGGUGCAAUGACCUUUUCUUUAAGAGAAACAAGUGGCUCACAAGGAACGAAUUCUCAUCGCUCGAAGAAUGAUGGUGGGAUAGGAUUCAAACUUGCAGUCUUCAAGUAAAAGUAACGAGCGAGAAUCAUGUCAUUCUAAAGUGAAUAAUUUUUUUUAGUAUUUAGUCUAUUCUUUUUGUUGAAAUAAAUAAUUUAAAUAUGAUUAGUGGUGGAUUUGCAUUAAUAAUAUUCGUUUUAUUUUUUUUAUUUUUUUUAUAUUAGUCUAUUUUUUGUUUGAUAAAUAAUUUAAAUAUUACUCGUGGAGGACAAACAAUAAUAGUAUUAAAUUUAUUUUUCGUUGAAAUAAACAACUUAGAUAUUAUUAGUGAUGGAUGAUCAUGACAAUAUGAUAUAUUAAUAUAUAGUCGGAUUAGGUAUGGUAGUUGACAAAAAAGAUGUAUAAAUCACUUGUCUUGUUCUAUUUGUUCUUUUCAACUCUAAUUAUUUUUGUGCACUUAGUACAUGCUUAAAUAUUGAUUUUAAUAUCCAAAUAUGUAUAUGUUAUGUAAUUCAGAUUUAUCUAUUUGUAUUUAUUAUUUUUACAUCUAACUCGAAUUCCUUAGCUAAA